UCUUCAAUCUUCCAUGGACGCUCUGAACUUCUUCAAGUUCUGGAGACACGCCACCAUGACAAGUACCACUACCCAAGUUCCUCAUCUUGUGGUGGAAACAGACAGUGAAUCCGACGAAGACGACUCGUUCUUCGACUUGGAGCUCACGGUUCAUGAUUUCGACAACAAAGAAAACAACAGCAACACCAACAAAAACGAAGACGACCCACCACAAAAGACAACGAACGAGUUUAAAGGUCAUUGUUCCAAAGACGUAUUCACCAAAACACCCAAGAGUGAAGUUCAUGAAACCCCGCUAAACACGAUACUUCCUCUGUCUCCUAACGUAGAACCAAUAUCCAAACGAAAAGUCCUCCCAAUCGAGCCUAUUUCUAAGCCUCAAUCUCCCAUUGCACUUCUCAGAUCAGCACCCAGUUUCAGAAUCUUCAUGUUCAGAAAGCGAAACCGAAUGCCACAACAAAAAACAGAGCACCCUGUCAAAACAGGGUGUGACACGGGAAAGAGCCAGAAGAAGGAAACAAAGGUCUUUGCAGUGAAACUGAACGUCGAGAAUUUCCAUUCUUCUCCCACCCUUAGCAGAGACAACAGCACCAGAAGCUUUGGAAGCAAGGUUCGAAGUAAUAGCUAUGAAGAACCGAAACCAGAGCGGUUUUCAAAGGAGGUUUUGCAGAAGUAUCUGAAGCUGAUUAAACCUCUGUAUGUUAAAGUUUCGAAGAGGUACAGUGAUAAGGUGAGAUUCCCCGGCGAGGGUUUCACGGCUUCGCCGUCAUCGUCGCCGUCGGUGGCAUCUGUUUCUUCGAGGAAGGAGAAGCAGGGGAAUUUUCCGGCGGGGAUGAGGGGCGUUUCUAAGCAUUUGGGUAAGAGCAGGUCGGCGUCGACGGUCACCGGUAUUGGUUCUCCGGCGAAUAGGAGCGAUGAUACGCUGCUGCAGCAACAUGAUGGGAUCCAAAGUGCCAUUCUUCACUGCAAGAGGUCCUUCAACUCAAGAGAGGGAUCAAUGUAUUCGCUGAGAAACUCCUUUGAGGGUGAACAUGUGGCAAAAGUUUAAUUUUGAAAAAGAGGGAACAUAAAAGGGUUGUUGUAGUUUAUCUGAGGUGGUGAAAGCAUAGAAAGAAUUGAAUAGAGAAAAAUGAGAAUGUUAUUAGUGAAUUUGUGUUAUUGUAAA